AUGCCUGGAGGAGUCACCGUUCGCGAUGUCGAUGCCCACAAGUUUGUCGGCGCCUACGCCGCUUUCUUGAAGCGUCAGGGCAAGCUCCCCGUCCCCGGUUGGGUUGACACCGUCAAGACCGGCCCCGCCAAGGAGAUGCCUCCCCAGGACAUCGACUGGUUCUACGUCCGUGCCGCUGCCGUCGCUCGUCACGUCUACCUUCGCAAGACCGUUGGUGUCGGCCGCCUCCGCCGCGUUCACGGCAGCGCCAAGAACCGUGGCUCGCGCCCCUCCCACCACGUCGAGGCCUCCGGCAGCGUUGAUCGCAAGAUCAUGCAGGCUCUUGAGAAGAUCCAGGUCCUUGAGCAGGAUGAGGAGAAGGGUGGCCGCCGCAUCACGCAGCAGGGUCAGCGUGAUCUUGACCGUAUUGCCCAGACCGUUGCUGAGGCUGAGGGUGAGGAGGAUGAGGAUGACGAGUAA